GCCUUCGCGGCAAUGUUGUUUUCAGCCGUGUGUCAGCUGUUCACGUUCACUGCGUGCGGAGUCUAAACAUUUUCGUUAAAAAUUGUCUUGCAUUUUAUUUUCGUUAGUCGAAGCUGUUAAUUUGAUAUGGCACAAGUAAAGGUGACGAGUUACUACACUCGUCGGAAACGAAUUGACGAUGCCCAGCCGACGAAAAGACGGAAACUGCAGCCGAGUGCAUCGGGUCAGGAGACGGAUUUGGGACCCGAGCAAUCGGGCUUGAAGCUGAAAGCAGGCCUAGACGCCUUUACAAAGCAGUUACUUCCGCAAGUUGAUCGAGCGGUGUUGCUCGAAGAUACCAUUUCCCAGUGUUCGAAAACCAGUGCCUCGACAACCCGACCCAAAUCUGCCAAGAAAUCUCGAGCAAGUGCCACGAGAACCGCUAAGAAAGCAACAAAAGGACCUUUGGAUAAACACUUGGAGAAAGUAACUCAGUCUGAAAGUCCCAAACUAAAGUUAGGCCUGUCACUGGAGUUGAAAACAGACUUUGGUGAUUCGGUUAAAAUCCCAGAGUUUGUGACACACCGCUCGCCACCGUCAACACCGACAAAGCGUCCAAAGCAGACUGAUGAAGCGCCGAGUCGAAAAAAGAGAAGUAGAAUCGGAAGUGAAGAUGUGGUUGUGGAAACUGACGGUUCCUCCUGUCAGAUGACCAAGGAGGCUGAAUCCUCUAGAGCAUCCAGACGAAAAGUCCAGGCAGCUGGACGACAAGCAUCGAAAAGGACAAAUGGGGGAAGGUCGGCUAAGAAGAGUCUAGAGGCGUCAUUGGGGGAGUUUGCUAAUAGCAAUGAAUUGGACACGAGAGAUCGCAUUUUACCCAAAGUUGAAACGCCGCAUCAUUGUGUCAAUGAUGAUUCACAUGGAAUCACUACCGAUCGGCAAGAAUCAUCUCAACCGAGUACUCCUGUAAAUCCUGAAAAAUCAACAGCAGCAUCAAGCUCAAGAUCCUCAAGUGUAAGCCAGAAGAUGCCAGACUCGAGCCAGUCAUCCCGUGAUAGUGGGAAGUUGCAGGCGUUCAUGGAGAGGACAAGUCGAUCUGUGGCCUCGGUGAACUCCAAGGGGUCAAAGGUCAAGGCUGGGUUUAGUGACCGAGUACAGGAAGCGGUCAGCAAUGCUCAGAGCAGCCCAUCAGAGAAAGUAGUAGACAGUGGUAGUGCAAGUGAAGAAAAGAAAAAGACGAAGUUGACGCCGGCAGAGAUGAAGGAACGUCUGUCCAAAUCCUGCAAGCUGAGCGACCUGCAAGCCCGAUUGGCCAGAGUCAGGCAGUGUGCAGACCAGGCCAAGAGCAGUCAAAAACCUGCAACGGCAGUCAACAGCGACAUCGCUACUAGCACCAGAGAGCCCACAGCAAGUAAAAUUAAGUCGGAAGAGCCAGCAAUGCCCGCCUACCAGAAGUACCAUGCCCUGGUUAACUCCGCCCCUACCACCCUCAACCUGCCCUUCAAGUACAAACUUCUUGAGGAGAUGUUUCGUAGUACAGACACUGUGGUCAGCAUGCUGCACAACAGGUCCGAGACCUGCUCCUUCCCGAAGCUGAAACAAGCGGUGCAAGAAAUGUGCCGCAGAACAUUUGAGCAGCAGCAUCUAGGCCAAAUCAAGACAGUCUACCCGACAGCGUACUUCCUCAGGCAGCAGAAGGUCGGGAGGUCAGGGGUCAAGGAGAAGACAAACUAUGAGUUGGUUCUGGAGGCCAAUACUGGAUCAGGGGUCGGAACGUCUGCUGGUCAAGAAAGCAGUGAGCCCACCAAGACCAAAUCCCAGACCAACGCUGUGUCUAAGCUCAUCAGCAAGUUCACUCCAUCCAUGCUGAUCGCAAGACGCAGUAUCUUUCAUAACAACUUGGUGGAUAUCAUCAAGGAACAUCACAAUGAAUUCCUGUCCAAGUUAGAGCGCCCUCUCUCGGUACCGAGUGACAAGCUGACCCGCUGGCAUCCCAAGUUCCCCUUGGACCAGAUCCCAGACGUUGAGCCCGCCGCCUUGCCCCAGCCCCCGACGGUGACCACCUACAACACGGCCAAGGAUGUGCUGGACAAGGCUCGUGUCAUGAUGAACCCCAGAGUUGCCAAGGCGCUUGAGGUGGUUGCUAAGAACUCGGCGCUCUUGAAAGCAGAGAAGGGCAAACCGACUGCUGAGCAGGAGACUAGCAUUGUCAAGCAGGAGCCCAAAGUUGUCAAGAAUGUCAAAUCAGUCAGUGGUGUCAACCAGUCCCUUCUGGACAGGAUUCGGGCCAAGGAAGCACAAAACGUGACCGCCAUGAUGACUCGUAGCCCAGCCGAUCAAGAGAGAAUCACCAUGCUGGAACGUCUUCCGGAGCUCUGCCGCAUUCUCAGAGUAUUUUUCAUCGCUGAGAAGAAAGCAGCCAUACCCAUUGAGGCUGUCAUUCAGAAAUUGGCCGACAGUUAUCCCUCCAUACUCUCCAAAGCUCAAGUUGAGAAGCACGUUAGUCUGAUGGUGGAGGUUCUGCCGCAGUGGCUGAGCAGGGUCGUAGUGCGGAAGGACCAUUACCUGAAGAUGAACCGCACCAAAGAUAUGAGUCUGAUCAAUGACAGGAUCAACCAGCUGCUCAAGGAAAGCAAACAGGUCAAAGGUUAGAGUUCAAGAGGUCAAUAUCAAAUGUCAAAAAUGGUUCUAGAUUGUUACCUGAAGGUGCACAGAACCAAAGAUAUGAGCCAGAUCCAUGACAGGGUCAACCAGCUGCUCAUGGAAAGCAAACAGGUCAAAGGUUAGAGUUCAAGAGGUCAAUAUCAAAUGUCAAAAAUGGUUCUAGAUUGUUACCUGAAGGUGCACAGAACCAAAGAUAUGAGCCAGAUCAAUGACAGGGUCAACCAGCUGCUCAUGGAAAGCAAACAGGUCAAAGGUUUAGAGUUCAAGAGGUCAAUUUCAAAUGUCCAAAAUGGUUCUAGAUUGUUACCUGAAGGUGCACAGAACCAAAGAUAUGAGCCAGAUCAAUGCCAGGGUCAACCAGCUGCUCAAGGAAAGCAAACAGGUCAAAGGUUAGAGUUCAUGGGUUAGACUUCAAGAGGUCAAUAUAGGUUAUAUUUUGGCAGAGACCAUUCAUUACCUGUAUAUGAACCUCCCAAAAAAUUGAGCAAUAUCAUACUCAAAUAAAUCCUCAGAAAAAGUGGCCAGGUUAAAAGUAAGAGUUCAAAGGUUAUUUUGAUUAAGUACCAACAAAAUGCAGUUUUAGCCAAAUUAGAGUGAAUGGGUUCCCCAAGGACUGAAGGAAAGUGUUACGACCAAAUAUGAGGAAAGUUUUGUUUUUCUUUUGGAUAUAGCCUGUCCUUUGUGGUACGAUAAAUGAGAUUGUGAGAUUAUCAUAGCAAUAUCAGAAAUGUGCUUCCAUAAAUUUAGAAAUUGUACAGCUGUCACUCAUUUUUCAUAGCUCUAAUUCUUAUUCAGUUCUUCAAAACAACUGAAAUUGCAUUUCUUUUUAUGACCUUGUUUUUUGCAUUAUUUUCUUAUUAUGUUUUACAAACUUGGGUCAAGUGAUUAUGAGUGUUGGGAGAUGUCAGUGUUCCUUGUGCCAUUUUAGAUUGAACGGUUUUAGAUAUCAGUUCCAAACGAUUUUAUCAUUGCAUUUUUCUGGCUGUUUAUUACUUUAGUCUGAAUUAUACACUGUUUUAUACAGACCGUAAUUUGUUGCCAAAAUGCUCAUUAUUAACAUGUGUGCUUGAAAUCAACUCAUCUAGAAUUUUCUUUUAUAUUGAGCUGAGAUUUUGUCACAGGCCUUAUUUCGUAACUUUCCUGUGUUGGUUGUUUGUGACUAAUGAUUAACACAAUAGUAAUAACUACAUGUACACAUGUUAACAUUGGACCCCUACUCAUUUAAUACAACUUUGUAUGUGAAGAUGCAUGUGGCAUAACAUUGUUUUCAUUUUGCUCUUCGAUUUGUAUGCAUGUUUGAUAAGUUUAAAGGAGUCUUUUUAUUCACAUUUCUUUCCAGAUAUAUCUUGAUGUUGUGAGUGUACUUGUAGUAAUUUUAUGGUCAUCGUUUUUUGAUUGUGUCUAAAAAAAAACCCUGAAUAUCAUGAUGAUAAUAGUGAUUUUAAUCUUUCAAAUUUGUAAAAAUGUAAAGAAAUAAUCAUCCAAAUUAUGUAAAGCAACCGUUUUUAAUGGCCAAGUUCUUUUCAACCAGUUUAACAAGUUCCGUGUUAAAAUGUUGACUUACAGCAUUAGACAGUGAAAAUAUGGUGGAAUUUUUAGACUUUUUGUCUGAGUUGACUUCAGUUAACCUUAGCGACAGCAUCCUUGUUGAAUGAAUACAUGCUUGUAAAAGUUGGCAAUCAAAAGACAAAAACGUCUUCUCUGUCGGAUUUAAAGAAAUAAUUCUCCGCACCUUUGGAAAAGAUUGUUUCCCAACUUCACACACACACACCCACACACUGUUUCCGCUGAUUGCGAUGUUUUUAAAAGUGUUUAAAAAAUGUUUUCUUGUUGAAUAAAACGGUUAGUAUUCGAAGAGAA